CGCUCUUGCCCCUGCCCUGUCUGUAAAGUCCUUUGUAUGAAUUGCGAGCAAACAGGCAAUCCUACCGUGCCCCAUUCGCUUGCAGACGACUGUAGCCGCUGGAUAGAAACAACUACUGUCGCUGCAAAUGCAUCUGUCAGAAAGAGAAAGAGGCGCAAUAACUUCUUCAACAUUCGAGUGAUAGCCUACAGUUUUCAAAGUUACACCGUUUUACCUUCGUUUACCAAGUCCGUCGUUGAUAGUGCGACGUACGUUGAUCAUUUAAGUUUUUUUCUUUCUUCAGUAAAACCGCGAACGCAUGCGAGAGCAUCACAGUUUUCCAUUUUUAGCAUCCAACCCUAGACUUUUGCCCAGUUCGACCAUCGGUCUUUAUAGUACCUUCAACUUUUGAGGACUCAAAAGUAGACGCCGGAGUGGAAAAGCUUGUGUGGAGAUUGAUGUUUUACUGAAAUGGACGUGAGAGUAUAUCCACCUCCACCACAGUCUUUACCAGCAACAGAUUCUUCCCGAUUGGGACCAUUGCAGUAUCCUGAUUCCCCGUACUGCAAUAAGUACAACAGUGAGACCAUGUUCCUGGGCAUGCCAGAGGCUGGCCUGGACUUUGUGCCAACCAACCAGUUCCGUGUGCCUCCCAACCCCCACCAGACGCAGACCAGCGCCAAGCAGACUGGACCCCUGUGGAAACGAGAAGGCCCUGCUCACUCCGAUGGCCCCCGGCUACCCUGGUCCUACCCAGUGCCCAGUUUGGGGGAUGAAGACUUCAACAUUCCCCCCAUCACGCCUCCCACCAUCCCAGAACACAUGCUGCACCCCCACCUACCAGAGUCGGAGUCUGGCUCCUACCACCCACUGGCACCCUCUCACUCCCAGAGUGGCCUGCACCCCUUCCACUUGCAGGGAAUGGACAUGAUGGGUCAGGAUGGAGGGCUGUUAAGCCAAAAUGGCGGCCUAAUGUCCAGCACCCUGUCUGUGAUGCAACAAAUGGUCAAUUCCGAUUCCCGGUACAGCAGCCAUCAGCCAAUGGAAGCGCUCAGACCCAGGAGCCAAUCAGGCAUGGGACAUCAGAGUCAGCUGACCACCAUCAACCAAUCACAACUCAAUGCCCAGUUGGGACUGAGCGGGAACAACAUUACCCAUAAUUCCCCAUCUCCCCCUGGGAGCAAGUCGGCCACACCCUCUCCUUCUAGUUCCGUACAUGAGGAUGACAAUGAAGAAUCAAUAAAGGCAGAGAAGCGACCGGCAGCGGUCGAGACGCCCAAAAAGCCCAAGACCCCCAAGAAGAAGAAGAAGAAGGACCCCAACGAACCCUCAAAGCCAGUUUCUGCCUACGCCCUGUUCUUCAGAGACACCCAGGCAGCCAUCAAGGGCUCCAACCCUAAUGCUACCUUUGGAGAGGUGUCCAAGAUAGUGGCCUCCAUGUGGGACGGCCUCGGAGAGGAACAGAAACAGGUGUACAAAAAGAAGACAGAGACUGCCAAGAAGGAAUACCUGAAGCAGCUGGCUGCAUACAGAGCAAGCCUGGUCUCACAGAGUUACAAUGAGCCAGGUGAGGUCAAAGUGUCCCAGGCCUCCUCCAUGCUGGGCCCCAAGCCCCCCGUGUUCCCCGGAUCAGGCCACCAGCACCCCCAGCAGCACCCCCACCCCCAUCACUCCCACCCCAGCCUCUACAUGAGCCACCCCUACCACCACCAGAGCCACCACCCCCACCCCCACCACCAGCAACAGCAGUCCCAGCAGCACCAGGCCGGCCUCAGCCCCCACCUGUCCCCCCUCCAGGGUCUCUCCCGGGGGGUGACCCCCCGGCCCAGUGGACCCCAUUCAGGUGGGGUGUCUCUGGGCAGCAUGGCGGCGGUGUCCCCCCCUCCUUUCCAGAUCAGCCCGCCGCUCCACUCCCACUCCCACCUAGGAAUGCACCACCAGCAACAGCUCGGAGGACACCCGCUGUCUCUGCACUCACCCUCAAUGGGACAGGGAUUCCCUCUCCAAUCAGAUUUCCAGAACAUGCUCAACUCGUCCGGUGGGCAGGGACUGUCCCCAUCCAUGGACUACAGACAGGUGUGUCGGAAUGGGCCCAGCCAGCACCUCGACUGGACCAGCGAAUACUGUGGCAAUGGAGCUCUUCAGAGAGACAAGCCUCUGUUCCUGACCUGAUCUGACCUCCUAACCUCUACACACCUCCACUCAACCACCCAAUGGACCGGAUCGCAACCAGACCCGGUCCACAUUCAGUCCCACUCUUUAUUCACUGAACCAAGGCAUGAUUAUCCUCUCCCCCAGUAGAAAGUCCUUGACCACCACCCCCCACUCUGGCUGAACCAUCUGACCAACUGACCGUCACUCAGAAACAAGAAAGGCAUAAGCACAUAUUGCAAAACAUCCAUAUUUUGAUAUUUGUGAUUCUUUAUGAUCUACCUUGAAAAAAAUCAUACUGAUGUCAUGAGUGGGUUUCAGAUAGUUUUGUAACAAACACCCUCCCCUGAUAUUAGAUUUUUUUUAAAUGUAAAGUUCUGGACUUUUUAAUUGUUGGAUGGCCAUAGAGGCAGAAAGAAAAGGUGCUCAAAGAGUUGAACGAAUAGGCAGCAAUGUCAUAUCUACUGAUGUGUCGUUGGAUCGUUACUGAUAUAUCGUUAGAUUGUGUUUUGAGGAAGACAAAGCUGAUGACCAUUUUUUGAUCAUGACCGUUGUUGAAAUCCCAGAAGUUAAUUUAGCACUUAGGGGCUUUUGGGGCUUUUUUUUCUCCACACAUAGCAAGAUGUAAACCAAAACCCCAAACUAACAGACUUUUUGAAAGGAAAGACAAGAUGUUUUAGCCUUUAAAAGAAAUUAACAAAGAACACAUGUAUUAUACUUCUAUAACUCUUUCCCUCUGUCUCUCUCUCUCUCUCUCUCUCUCUCUCUCUCUCUCUCUCUCUCUCUCUCUCUCUCUCUCUCUCUGUCUCUCUCUCUCU